CCCCAAACCACAGUUUUUUAAGGCCGCGCUGCCGGAAAGGACUAAUUCAUUCAUAAAAGAAAAAUGGCAGAGCAACCGCAACAGCUGGUGUUCAUCCCAUUCCCUAGCGUUGGCCACCUCGUGUCCAUGGUGGAGCUCGCCAAGCUUCUUGUCCACCGCCACUCCACCCUCGUCGUCUCCAUCCCCGUCAUCACCUCCCUCUCCACCGCCGCCGCCGUCACCCGCUACACCGACUCACUCGCUGCCCCCGACUCCGAUUUGAACCCCCGUGUCAAGCUACUCCACCUCGCUAACGACGACGACCCAUCAGCUCCAGCCGGCAGCGUUCUCGCUCUCAUCCAAUCUCAAAAGCCCCGAGUCACAGAAGCCGUCUCCGCCGAGCUCACUCGUUCCGGGGGUCGACUCGCCGGCUUCGUCCACGACAUUUUCUGCACCUCCAUGUUGGACGUGGCAGAGAGACUCGGCCUAAUUAAACAUAACCAAGAAGCUUUGAAAGAUUGCUGAGGCUGCCCUGGCUGAUUAUGUUGUCAAAAAUUUCCUAGCUGAAUUCAAGUGAAAAGACAUAUGCUCCAUAGAUUAAUUUAAGUACAUCACCAGAUGAUGCUUUGGCUUCCAAUUUGAGAGCCCAGUUUGUGGCACAUGAUUGACACCGAGACCAUCAUCUCAAAUGUAAGCAUUAUCAGAAAGCAGUUACAUUUGCAGAACUUUUAACGAAGUUGACAUUAAGAUAUGGAUGCUACAAGUCCAGGACCAGCAGAAAAAAGGAUGAACAACAUGACAUUCGAGUAGUUUCAAACCAACAUCAUGAACAUUAAGAACCAAACGUUGACUUAUGCAUAAAACCCAAAUUUUCUCACAUGAGUAGAGCUAGAAGUCAUUGAGGAUGUUCCGACCGCCUUUGAAAUUUCCACCUCGAGCCCAUUAUCACGAUCAUCACCUUCAUCAAGCAAUUCAAAUGUUACUAAAUAAACUGUAUUAGAUUAA